CACCCAUGUCAAUGCACCAACACCGCCGGACCAGAAUUCUUCACUUGCUCUGAACAAUAAGUGCCAAAGAAAAGUACACAAUAAUGCUGAUUGCUCACUUUUGUUAGUCAAGACUCAUUCACAGAUCAACAGAGCAACAGGUUUUCAAUCAAAUACUUUAUGGGUUCGGUUAUAUCGUGACCGUAACCCUCUUGGAGCGCAAUGGAGGACAAUCAGUUCUCACCGGCAUCUUCACCAAGCUCCGGAGCGGCUUUCAGCUCAACUUCCAGAGCCGGCUUCAGACCCGGAGAUGCCAAGGCCCGACACGCUUGCUCGGGUUGUGCCCGGGUGAAAGCCCGUUGCGCCUGGUCUGAUGAGGCGGGUUCCAGUACUUCUUGUCAAAGCUAUGUUUAUAGAUGUCGAAAGUACAAUCUAGACUGUACUCCACGCGAGAUCAGACCACGGAAGGCGAGAGGCAAAUCAACCCGAGUCGUUCAGCUGGAGCAAAAAGUCGAUGGCAUCAUGCAGCUUUUGACAGCAAGCCAGCAUCUCCAGCUAAAUAUGCAUGACCAUUCUCACCUUGUCACUGAUGACCCAGCUCAGCCACCCAUUGCCGAUAAUUCACACGCUCCACAAACACAUGUUUCUCCCAGAAGUCGGGUCUCGUUUCCUACUGAUCACCAGCCUCCAAAGAUUGGCCUAGUUCCCGGCUUUAGCCUCACGUUGGACCAAGGCAACAAGAUCUUGCAUACCUACCGUGAGAAGCUGACCCCUCAUUUUCCGUUUGUCCCAUUGUCUCCGCUGGUGAAUGCGGCUCAAUUACACGAAAGAAGUCCCGUCUUGUUUCAUACCAUUAUCCUCGUGACCGCCCCGCAGGUUCCCAAAAUACAAGAGGCCAUGAAACAUGCCUUCAGGAAGUAUAUUGCCGAGCAGAUGAUCAUACAGAAUUACAAGACCCUUGAGCUACUCCAGGCGCUGCUGCUGUAUAUCUCAUGGUGUGACUUUCGGAUAUACUUCCAAGCACAAGGUACCGACUUCCUACAACUAGCCAUUGCAUUGGUGAUGGACCUGGGUCUCCGCAACCCUCCCGGUCAUUCAUGGGGCCUACUACCGCAGUCUCUUGUGGAGGAGGCGGCUCUCGCUAUGAGGAGUCAAGGCCAUAGAGGAGAACAUACCUUGGAGGACAAACGAGUGGUUUUGGGGUGUUUUUACCUCGCCACUCUGACGUCAACUCUCUUCCGGAGACCACAGGGGUUCGCUUUCAACGACUACCUGGCCAAGUGCUGUGAUGAUAUCGGCACCAAAAACAUAUACUCCACAGACCUACAGCUAGUAGCUCUGGUACGAAUCCAACGCCUGCUGGCUCGUGUUAAUACCAUCUUUCCACUCGAUAGCGACGGUCGAGGGGUCUACUCAGCGCCACACGCUCUGAGCACUGCUUCGAUCCGUAAAGAGCUCGAGGCUCUGGUCGACAGUCAACCCGAGGCAGUAAAGUCAAACUAUCUGUUCUGGACCCACUACCACAACGCCAUCGUCCGCAUCUAUGAGCCGGCGGUCUACAUGGAAGCCUCAGUCGACGGACCCCAAGUCUUCCAACGAUCCGAAGCCCUGUGGAACUGUUUACAAAGCUCCCAGUCGUUCUUUGAAUCCCACUUCCUCGCCCCGAUGACGAUCCACCCCGUGCGGCCCUUCACCUGGACGGCCUGCGUCGCCUUCGGCAUCGUUACCUUCUCUCGCCUGCUCCACAUCGAAAACUCGCCCGACUGGGACGUGGAGCUCGCGCGCAAGACAGCCGAUUUUGCCUCCGUGGUUGAGCGGCUUUCAGACCAGUUUGAUGAGCUCGAGAGGCUUGUUGUGGCGGAUCCGGAGUCGUCUCCGGGGAUGAUUGGGGUCAAUAGCUUCUUUGCGCAGAAGAUUCGGUGGAUUAAGAAUUGGUAUCUAUCCAGGAUCCCGAAAGAUGCAGAUUUGCCACUCGUUCCGCCGGGGUCAUUCCCGGAGCUUGGAAAUCCUGAUAUUGGGUCUCUUUGGGGCGUUUUUCUUGAUACGUCGCUGAUCUAGGGGCUGGGGAGAUAAACGGUGUUCUGGAUCGAAAGGGCGCCACCUAUUUAGCUUGAAGAUUGAGGUUAUAGUGGACUGUUCCAUUUUUCACUACACCUCGGAUAGACACUACCAGAUGGUACUGAACGGUGCUAGAGCAAUUAUGAAAGCCACACUCAAAGCAAAGCAUUAUGGCCCAUGUAUAAACAUUCAUGCGUCGAACUUCGAUGUCUAGGACCUUCCCGAUAGGCUCCCCUAAGCCUC